AUGACCAUUCUCGUACCACCGAUCAACUUUGGCUAUGUUCAAGAGAAUGUAUUCCGAUCAGGACAACCAACAUCAGUCAAUUUUCCUCAUCUGGCCACAUUAAAUUUAAAAACUAUUAUUUAUUUAGCUCCGGAUCAGCCCACUCAAGAAUUUACAAACUUUGCCAAAGAUCAGAAUAUAAAUUUAAUUCAUUUAACUCAAUCAACGAAAAUGAAAAGCGGUAAUUCAAUAUCACAUACUGGCAUGGCUCAAUUGGGUUUAAUUUCGGAAGAAAUUGUUGUAGAGGCUUUGGAGGUAAUUUUAAAUAGAGAAAAUCUUCCUUUGGCUAUUAUGUGCAAUUUAGGGCGUCAUAGAACUGGUACUGUUGUUGGAUGUCUCCGAAAGAUUCAAAGAUGGAACUUAACCAGUAUUUUGGAUGAAUAUCGAAGAUAUGCUGGUUCUAAAGUGAGAUUACAGAAUGAGCAAUUUAUUGAAUUAUUUGACACAGAUUUGGUUACGUUCAGAGAUGAUAAAAAGCCCGAUUGGCUGUACUAG